AUGGAUGGCAACUCAAUGGACAUGGAGCAUUUUCUCAGCAAGAUAUUUUCCAAUGGCUCAAGAAUUCAAACUCCUUUGGCUAGUUGUGGCCUGUCUUGUCUCAGGUGGUGCAUUCUCAACAAUGCAACCUCCAACAACAGCAGUAACAACUGCAGAGCCUACAACAACAACAGCAGGUCCGACGUCUACAACUGUAGAGCCUUCAACAACAACAGCAGGUCCGACUUCUACUACUGUAGAGCCUACAACAACAGCAGGUGCGAGUUCUACUACUGUAGAGCCUACAACAACAACAGCAGCAGGUCCAACUUCCACAACUGUAGAGCCUACAACAACAACAGCAGCAGGUCCGACUUCCACAACUGUAGAGCCUACAACAACAGCAGGUCCGACUUCCACAACUGUAGAGCCUACAACAACAACAGCAGGUCCGACUUCUACAACUGUAGAGCCUACAACAACAACAGCAGGUCCGACCUCUUCUACUGUAGAGCCUACAAAAACAACAGCAGGUCCGACUUCUACUACUGUAGAGCCUACAACAACAACAGCAGGUCCGACUUCUACUACUGUAGAGCCUACAACGACAACAGCAGGUCCGACUUCUACUACUGUAGAGCCUACAACAACAACAGGAGGUCCGACUUCCACAACUGUAGAGCCUACAACAACAGGAGGUCCGACUUCUACUACUGUAGAGCCUACAACAACAACAGCAGGUCCGACUUCUACUACUGUGGAGCCUACAACAACAACAGCAGGUCCGACUUCUACUACUGUAGAGCCUACAACAACAACAGGAGGUCCGACUUCUACUACUGUAGAGCCUACAACAACAACAGCAGGUCCGACUUCCACAACUGUAGAGCCUACAACAACAACAGCAGGUCCGACUUCUACUACUGUAGAGCCUACAACAACAACAGCAGGUCCGACUUCUACUACUGUAGAGCCUACAACAACAACAGCAGGUCCGACUUCCACAACUGUAGAGCCUACAACAACAACAGGAGGUCCGACUUCUACUACUGUAGAGCCUACAACAACAACAGUAGGUCCGACUUCCACAACUGUAGAGCCUACAACAACAACAGGAGGUCCGACUUCUACUACUGUAGAGCCUACAACAACAACAGCAGGUCCGACUUCUACUACUGUAGAGCCUACAACAACAACAGUAGGUCCGACUUCCACAACUGUAGAGCCUACAACAACAGCAGGUCCGACUUCUACUACUGUAGAGCCUACAACAACAACAGCAGGUCCGACUUCUACUACUGUAGAGCCUACAACAACAACAGCAGGUCCGACUUCUACUACUGUAGAGCCUACAACAACAACAGGAGGUCCGACUUCUACUACUGUAGAGCCUACAACAACAACAGCAGGUCCGACUUCCACAACUGUAGAGCCUACAACAACAACAGCAGGUCCGACUUCUACUACUGUAGAGCCUACAAUAACAACAGGAGGUCCGACUUCUACUACUGUAGAGCCUACAACAACAACAGUAGGUCCGACUUCCACAACUGUAGAGCCUACAACAACAACAGCAGGUCCGACUUCUACUACUGUAGAGCCUACAACAACAACAGGAGGUCCGACUUCUACUACUGUAGAGCCUACAACAACAACAGCAGGUCCGACUUCCACAACUGUAGAGCCUACAACAACAACAGCAGGUCCGACUUCCACAACUGUAGAGCCUACAACAACAACAGGAGGUCCGACUUCUACUACUGUAGAGCCUACAACAACAACAGCAGGUCCGACUUCUACUACUGUAGAGCCUACAACAACAACAGCAGGUCCGACUUCCACAACUGUAGAGCCUACAACAACAACAGGAGGUCCGACUUCUACUACUGUAGAGCCUACAACAACAACAAGCCUACAACAACAACAGUAGGUCCGACUUCUACUACUGUAGAGCCUACAACAACAACAGCAGUUCCUACAACCACAGAGCUUCCAGACCCUUGUGAUGGAAACCCAUGUGGCGAUGGGAGCACCUGUGUGCCUCGUUUCAAUCAAAGCUUUGCAUGCUUGUGCUUGGCUGGUGAGAACUACAAUUAUGACAGCAGAAGAUGUGAGAGUGCCAAAGUUUUCCCUGGACAGCUAAUCCUGCCUGAAUUAACAUACAAUGGAAAAAUGUCUGACAAUACAUCACCAGAAUUUCAAGCUGCCUCGCUAAAAAUUACCAAAGAGCUGUUGAAUGUUUUCAAAGACUCGGUGGGUUACUCUGAAUCUACAGUGUUGAAACUCCGGCCCAAUAAAGCCAAUAAAGUUUGGUCAAGGUCAGAGACUGGGGUCAGUGCAGAUGUAGAGAUCAUCUUCACAGAACAGGCUGAAAUCACAACAGUAGAAGUUACAGAGAAGAUGAAAACAGCCAGCAAUGGAGACGGUGUUCUGAAAGGUGCAGUCUUUGAUGAUACAAACCUGUGUGAUAAGAAGCCCUGUGAUGAGAGCAGUACAACGUGCAAAUGGGCAGAUGGAUCCUCUACCUGCACCUGUUUGGUCAAUUACAUUAAGACGGACUUCACUACCAGAAUGUGCAUUGCUUGUCCCAGCGGUCAAAAAGCUGAGGGUUCUGAAAAAUGUGUCAAUUGUCCAUUUGGUUAUUCUGGUUUUAACUGCAAAGAAUCAUGGAAGCUGGUGCUGGUAAUCGUCGGCUCUGUGCUCGGGGGACUGCUGCUCAUCACACUCAUUCUUCUGCCUGUAGUGGCACGCAAAUUUUCAAAGAGCUCCAUUAUGAACAAAAAUGCAGACAUUGGGAAGCCUUACGUCAGCCACCCUCCUGCCAAUAAACCAUUGGUUAACAGCAGCUUAGCCAACGGCCUGUCAGCCUUUGCCAAUGCUGGGGUGCCCAGGAUCCCACGGGCCACAACCACCAACAGCUGGGACAGCAGGACCAACCUGGAGAUGACUCCGAACACCAGUCGGCAAAACAUGAUCCCUGAGUGGAGAAACUCUCGUUUCCACGACGACCAUGAUGACAUGAACCCAUAUGCUCAGACUCAACCCCAGAGCAGCUUCUAUGCUCAGACUCGCCCCUAUGCCCAGAAUCGACCUCAGAUCAACCCAUAUGCUCAGAACCAAGGCCACAGCAACCCUAACUACAUGCACGACGAUGGAAGAAGGUUGAAUCAAUGACGAUGCACAAAGGUUCAUCUGGCAGUGACAUUUCCCUCCCAAAUAACUGUACACCAUUAUGUUAAGAGUUGUAUAAACAGAAGCAAAACAGU